GCACAGCAACAGUUAGUCAGAAACAUUAGCCCUCGCUGGUGAUUGUCACUCAAUAUGUUCAAGUACGCCACAUAUUGUUUGUACCUGUCCGUCCUGUUGGAUCUGCAGGGAGCCCAGGAAAAUAGCUGCCCCGAACUUUCACUGAGCGAACGAAUCAAACAACGCGGAGAAUUCAGUCUCGUCGAUGUUGACAAUCUGAUGAAUUCUAUUUUGGAAAACCCACAUAAGGAAGUACUUGGGAAAAUUGAAGGUCACGUGGGGCACACAGUAAAUAAAAUACAGUCUUUGGAAUCAGUAAGUCCAAACCAAUCGAAGGCUUUGCUGGACGAUUGGGAGCAGAAAAGCAAAUUGGAAUAUCUGGAAGCAGCAUUGCAGAAUGCAAACAAAGCCCUGCACUGCUCACUCGAAAACAAUAAGGUCAUGUCAACUGGGAAACCCCCUCCGGAAUUCCAGAAGUUGGGCUCAAGGUAUUUUUACAUCGAGAGGCAUGUCAGGCAGAAUUGGUUCGAUGCCGCAGGAAAGUGUCGUAGGAUGGGCGGUCACCUGGCGACGCCCCAGGACGAGGAUGAACUGUACCUCAUCCGCAAGCAGCUUGUAGCCAGAUGGUAUUGGCUAGACAUUAGCAACCUGGUCAAUAAGCACCAAUACAUUUCUCUGGCCUCUGGAAAAGAAGUUUCAUAUCUUAAGUGGCGAGACGGGGAGCCCAAAAAGAGUCCUAAUGCUAACUGUGCUUAUUUAUACGCCGGCGAUUAUUACACAUAUCAGUGCAACGACAGAAACUUUUUCAUUUGCCAAGCUGCGUAAGAAGACCGCCUUAGAAUUCGAUGGUACAAACUUAGCUAUUUAUUAUGUGUGCUAAAUGAUUUAUUCCUAUGUCACUUGUAGUAUUAAUAUUGAGUGUAAAUAAAGCCGUCAAAGAAAUAUUCAAAUGUUCAAAA